UUUCUCUGUUUGAAGAACAUCCGAACCUUCCUAAAAGUGUGUCACGACAAAUUUGGGUUAAGAAACAGCGAUCUGUUUGAUCCCUUUGACCUCUUCGACGUACGGGAUUUUGGAAAGGUGAUCUCUGCAGUAUCCAGACUCUCCUUCCACAGUAUUGCUCAAACCAAAGGAAUUAGGCCCUUCCCGUCGGAGGAGACCACGGACAAUGAUGACGAUGUGUAUCGGAGCUUGGAGGAGCUGGCGGAUGAACAUGAUCUGGGGGAGGAUAUUUAUGACUGCGUCCCCUGUGAAGAUGAAGGCGAUGAUAUCUAUGAAGAUAUCAUCAGAGUGGAAGUUCAGCAGCCCAUGAAAAUGGGCAUGACAGAAGAUGAUAAAAGAAAUUGCUGUUUGCUAGAAAUCCAAGAAACCGAGGCCAAAUACUACAAAACACUUGAAGACAUAGAAAAGAACUAUAUGAACCCACUGAGGCUGGUACUGACUCCUCAAGACAUGGAAGCAAUUUUUAUCAAUUUGGAGGACCUAAUUAAAGUGCACUUCAGUUUCCUGAGAGCCAUCGAUGUCUCUAUGAUGUCUGGAGGAAGCAGCCUGGCAAAAGUGUUUCUGGAAUUCAAAGAGAGCCUGCUGAUUAACGGCAGGGACUCCAGCCACAUGGAGUACGCCCAGAACACCCUGAACCACCUCCUCGCCAACCGGGAAGACGUCAGGCAGAAGGUGGAGGAAUGCACACUAAAGGUUCAGGAUGGGAAAUUUAAAUUGCAAGAUCUGCUGGUGGUUCCAAUGCAAAGAGUUUUGAAGUAUCAUCUUCUGUUAAAAGGGCUGCUCAGCCAUUCAUCAGACCGACCAGAGAAGCAACAGCUGAAGGAGGCUCUGGAGGCGAUGCAGGACUUGGCCAUGUAUAUAAAUGAAGUGAAGAGGGACAAAGAGACUUUAAAGAAAAUAAGUGAGUUUCAAAGCUCCAUAGAAAAUCUGCAAGUGAAGCUGGAGGAGUUUGGGAGGCCGAAGAUUGACGGCGAGCUGAAGGUGCGCUCCAUAGUCAACCACACCAAACAGGACAGGUAUUUAUUUUUAUUUGAUAAAGUGGUGAUCGUCUGCAAAAGGAAAGGAUACAAUUAUGAGCUGAAAGAAAUUAUUGAGCUACUCUUCCACAAGAUGACGGACGACCCUAUGAACAACAAGGACAUUAAGAAGUGGUCAUACGGCUUCUACCUAAUUCACCUCCAGGGGAAGCAGGGCUUCCAGUUCUUCUGCAAGACGGAGGAAAUGAAGAGGAAGUGGAUGGAGCAGUUUGAAAUGGCAAUGUCCAACAUCAAGCCAGAGAAAGCCAAUGCAAAUCACCAUAACUUUCAGAUGUACACAUUUGAAAAGACUACCAACUGCAAAGCCUGCAGGAUGUUCCUGAGAGGAACCUUCUACCAGGGCUAUCUUUGCCCCAAAUGUGGAGCUGGUGCUCAUAAGGAGUGCUUGGAGAUCAUUCCUCCCUGCAAGAUGGGUUCCUCAGCAGACCAGGAUUCACUGAGUGCUGGACCUGGUCCUAAAAUGGUGGCAGUUCAGAAUUAUCACGGAAACCCAGCCCCCCCUGGGAAGCCGGUGCUGACGUUUCAAAUCGGGGACGUGAUCGAGCUGCUGAGGGGGGACCCCGAUUCGUCGUGGUGGGAGGGACGGCUGCUGCAGACGAAGAAGUCGGGUUAUUUUCCCAGCUCGUCGGUAAAGCCCUGCCCUGUUGAUGCGAGGCCUCCCAACAGCCGGCCGCCCUCGCGGGAGAUAGACUACACGGCGUACCCGUGGUUCGCAGGGAACAUGGAGCGGCAGCAGACAGACAACCUGCUCAAGUCUCACGUCAGCGGCACCUACCUGAUCCGAGAGCGGCCAGCUGAGGCCGAGCGCUUUGCCAUCAGUAUUAAGUUCAACGAGGAGGUGAAGCACAUCAAGGUGGUGGAGAAGGACAACUGGAUUCACAUCACGGAAGCCAAGAAGUUUGAAAGCUUGCUGGAGCUGGUCGAGUACUACCAGAGCCACUCGCUGAAGGAGAGCUUCAAGCAGCUGGACACUACGCUGAAAUACCCCUACAAGUCUCGGGAGCGCUCUACCUCCAGGACCUUCACCCGCUCUCCAGUGUUCACCCCACGGGUCAUAGGGACGGCGGUGGCACGAUACAACUUUGCGGCGCGGGACAUGCGGGAGCUCUCGCUGCGAGAGGGCGACGUGGUGAAGAUCUACAGCAGGAUUGGCGGCGACCAGGGCUGGUGGAAGGGGGAAACAAAUGGAAGAGUUGGCUGGUUUCCCUCAACGUACGUGGAAGAGGAGGGGGUGCAAUGA